GACAGAGACCAGAGCCUCCGACAAGACAAACUGCUCCUGGAUUCCCUCGUUUUCUAUCUCAGAAGACUGAAGACAAGGACCUGUGAUCUUUUCAUUCCCCUUUGUUUCACUUUUGAAGGCUCGACUUGACGGCUUCGUUCUCUUUCGACUAUUUGUGGCAGUUGGAUUUCCUCUGAGGGUCUCUGUUGUUUCAUCUCAAGAGUUUUCUGGGAAAGUUGCCAUCAUGUCGACGGCUAUGGAAGGGGUCGGAUUCAUCAUGUGCAUAAUCAGCUGGCUGGUCACCGGGGCCGCACUGGCCAACGACUACUGGAAGAUUUCCACCGUGUCCGGCAGCGUCAUCAUCUCCCAGAGGCAGUUUGAGAACUUGUGGCACGCCUGUGCCGAAAACAGCGCCGGCAUCGCCGAGUGUCGGGACUUUGAGUCGCUGCUUGCCCUCCCCGAAUACGUGCAGGCGUGUCGCGCUCUGAUGAUCAUCUCUCUGCUGCUCGGCCUCGCCUCCAUGAUCGUGUCUCUGCUCGGACUCAAGUGCAUCAGGAUCGGCUCGGCCACCGACCAGUCCAAGGCCAAGAUCGCCAUCACCGGAGGGGCCCUGAGCAUCUUCGCUGGUCUGUGCUGCAUGACAGCUUGUUCCUGGUACGCCUACAGAGUCGUUCAGGACUUCAACAACCCGUUCUACGGCGGUGUGAAGUUCGAGCUGGGUACCGGCCUCUUCAUGGGAUGGGGUGCAGCCUCUCUGGCCAUCCUGGGUGGAGGUUUACUCUGCACUGCAUGUAAAAGAGCGUCACCUGGUGGCAAGAAAGGAGGUUACCAUGGAAACCAACCGCAGAAGGUCUACACUGCUACAGCAAAGUCGGAUCCAGACUCCAGAGCUUACGUCUGAACACACACACACACACACACACACACACACACACACACACACACCCUACUACCUGCUCUCUUAUAGACUACCAUUCAUUUUCUGAAGGCACUAAAAAGAAAGUUUCUUUGAGGGGACGGUUGGGGGACGGACCUGUACACAAGAUGUCUGGCAGGAUUUUAACUUCCUCUUAGGAACUAUGAGAAUUUUCUUACUUGUUUUGAAGAGUUUUUAAGGUUUUGAAUCUGAAUCAUGGGAACAGAUAAAUCUCUGCAGAUGAUUAUUAAUGAUUGUGUGAAGUGGGUGUUUUGUGUUUGUGUAUAUGUUACACAUAUGUCUUACACACUGUGUUCUAAUGUUUAAUACAAAAAUCUUCUACAUAUG